AUGGCCCACAACCCUAGCCAGCCGGGCGCAACCCCCGGAGGAAUGCCGCAUCAGCUCGUUGGACACAUGGGGGUAUCGGGGCCCGGUCCACAGAUCAACCCUGCUGCGCUCAUGGGCGGGAUGCCCCCCGGCGCCAACCCGAAUGCCCAUGCGAUGCAGCACUUAAACCCGGCACAAGCUCAAUUGUAUCAUCAGCAACAACAGAUGAACCAGAUGUAUGCAAAUAACCCCGCUCUCCACCAACACAUGCAACAACAAAGACUCCAGCAGCUGCAGCAACAGCAGCAAGCGAGACAGGCCUUGAUGGCCCAGCACGCGGCGUACCAGAACAUGGGUGGGGUGCCCAUGGGUAUUCCGAUGCCCGGUCAGCUCAACCCCGCUUCCCGGGCCGCUCAGAUGGCGGCGCUCAGGGCGGGGAUGCCGGUAGCCCUUCAACAGGCGCAGUUAGCUCAGCAGCAGCCUGGCCAACCCAUGAACCCCGCCUUGGUCGCACAACAGAUUGCUCUUCAGCAACAGCAACAAAUAAGUCAGAUGGGCCAGCCGGGAGGCAACCCAAACCAACAUCAGAUUAACCAGCAGCAUAUGAACAUCCAGCACAUCGCCGCGAUUCAAGCCCAACAACAGGCUCAGCAACAGGCAGCACAAGCAGCACAAGCAGCUCAAGCCCAACAAGGGCCGGGGCAGCCUCAGCAACCUCAACCCCAGCAACCCCAGCAACAGCCGCCGGGCCAACCGCAGCAGCCUCCGCAGCCAGGUCAAACCGGCCAGGGAGCGAACGGACCGACGUUAACUCCGGGGCCUACGCAGGGUCAUACACCGCAGCCUAACCCUCAACAGCAGCCUCAAGCACCACCUCAAACUCCGCAGACAACCCAAGCACAGCAGGCCCAGCUAGUAGCCCAAGCGCAUCAUGCUCAGGCUCAGGCACAGGCACAGGCGCAGGCACAUGCUCACGCUCAGGCUCAGGCGCAAGCGCAGGCGCAGGCUCAUGCUCAUGCUCAGGCUCAGGCGCAAGCGCAAGCGCAAGCACAGGCUGCUCAUGCUCAUGCUCAGGCCCAAGCCCAGGCGCAAGCACAGGCGCAACAGUCAGCUGGUAUAGCAAACAUGUUACAACUAAGACGCGACGUGAUGCACUUGAGGGGAGCACAUGUGCUCAAGCUCGUGCAAUUCAAUGAGCACUUGAGCGGAUUUCCGGGACACAAAGGAAAGGACGGCCUGGACUAUUGGAAUCAAUUUGUCCAGCGAUUCUUCUCCCAAAGGGGAAUCUUUCGGUACACAAUCCUCAUGCGAGAGGGCGAGGACCAGAGCCAGGAGAAGCAAUAUGAAAUUGCCUUCCCCGCCCUUGCUCGAUACUUCAACACACAUUUCGAGUCUGGCGUCAAAAUGAUGCAGUUAAUAAUGAGCAAGGGGAUACAGGACCGGCCGUUGCCCAAUGAGUGCCAUAUAAUAGAAAACAGCAAGGCGAGCCUGGGCACCUGGUUCGAGGGCGGCACACAUGUUAUAGCAAACGGUACCCUUCGCGUCCAGUUUGACAGUGAGCAAAAGUUUGACCUUUUUGAGUUUCACACCACGAGCCACGAGGAGUACAUUUCUAGACGAGUGGUGAUUCAAGCCGCUCGUCCAGCGCACAAUUGGGUCAAGGAAUGGCAUCUUCUCAACCAGCAGGAUGGAAAGCAGUCUCCCGAAAUGAGCAAAAAGGGCAAAGCGAGACCAGUCAAGGCCCCGCAAGGCCCGCCGCCCGAUCUUGAACUCCCUGAUCCCGUUGUCAAGAGCGGCAUGGGCAUCACGGAAGCUGUCUAUCAGUUUUUGGAGAUUGUUGAGAUUAUGGGCCAAAUGAAUGAUCUGUUCCGGUUCUUUCACACAAACCCCGACUUGACACCUUACCAGGCCCUUGAUCAGUACGUCAACAACCAGAUCAAUGCCGGUGCACACGCUAUGAACGGCCAGCCAAUACCUCAGGGCGGUCCAAGGACACCCGGUUUUGGCCAGUUCCCGAUGGGCGCCAGUCCUGCAAUGGCCAAUUCGAUGUUACCAGGGUCUCCCCAUAUUUCUGGAAGCCCGGUUCCAGGCCAAAUCGCGGCGCCGGUCAUGCAACUUCAGGCGAGCCAACAGGGGACCAGCUCCAGCGGGCCGAGCGCAAACACGUCGCCUGCCCAGAAUAACAAGAGGCGGAGGCCUUCCACGGUGAAGGCUGAGGAGGAUACGCCAACGUCGGCCCCGACGCCUAACGCUGUUGGGACCCCGCACAUGAACGGUGUCCAGGUCAAGGUCAAGCAACCCCCCACGCCGAGGAUGCCGAAGCGACAAAAGACCAAUACUGCAGCAUAA